GAGAGAGAGAGAGAGAGAGAGAGAGAGAGAGAGAGAGAGAGAGAGCCGGAGCGCUAGGGUUAUUUCUCCCAGGCUCCGGCCGAGUGUGUGUGGUCCGAGCCGGGAUGCGCUCUCCUGUUCUGUUGCUAAGGAAAUGGAAGGCUUGGAUGGAUCCGUGGACCGGGCUCCGUUCUGCUCCUCGCCCCCUCAGCUACUCACUGUGCUUCAGUUUGUGACUGUGUGUUUACAGGAAUCACUGCGAACAACGUGACGCGUCAGCGCCAGCUCUGCACCAGCCGGGUCCAGUGGAGCCACCGCUGAACACCCGAGAGGCUGGGGGAUUUGACUGGCAGCUGGUGAACUACCAAGGGAGGGGAGAGAAGCGGCCAGGCGGUGGGGUCGACAAGCCUGGCUGGUGCUGGGUGAAUGCCGCCUGGUGAGGACAAGAGCUGAGGCAGCAUCAGCAACAACUUGAAAAGGAGCAUGGCAUCCACAGGCAUGCAGAUAUUUGGAUUUGUCCUAGCACUGUUGGGCAUCAUGGGUGCCAUGGUGGCCACUCUUCUACCCAACUGGAAAGUCAGUGCAGAUGUGGGCUCUAACAUCAUCACAGCAAUCUCCCAGAUGCAAGGACUGUGGAUGGACUGCACAUGGUACAGCACAGGCAUGUUCAGCUGCACACUUAAGUAUUCAGUGCUUUCACUACCUGCGUACUUGCAGACUGCUCGCACCACCAUGGUGCUGUGCUGUGUGUUAGCAGCCAUGGGCCUCUGUCUUGCAUCCCUAGGACUCAAGUGCACACGCUGGGGAGGAGGACGGCGCUCGAAAAGACACGCUGCAAUCGCCAGUGGUGGAUGCUUUGUCGCCGCAGGUUUUCUCUGUCUGGUGCCUGCUUCCUGGUUUACCAACGAGGUCAUCACCAACUUCCUGGACUCCAGUGUGCCCGAGAGCAAUAAGUUUGAGCCUGGGGGUGCCGUUUACGUUGCCUUUGUUUCGGCAGGAUUUCUCUUUGUGGGGGGGUCUAUUUUCUGUAUGUCCUGUUCAGGGAAAAGGCACGGCCCCCAGGACUUGGUCCUGCUCCCUCCCCCUGACAAAUUGCUGCUCCAACAACAGCAGCAACAGCUGCUUCAGCAGCAGCAGGAGCUCCAGCAUCAGUACUGUUCUCUCUCCCCAUUAGACAACAAGACUGGCUACAGCCUGCAGGACUAUGUGUAAUAAAGCAGCGCUGUGUAUGCUACUGCUAAAGGGAGACGAGCCUGAGGGGAAACCAUCAUGGCUUUUGCUACACAUUAGGCUCUACUCCAGAUGGAGAAGGAGAAAAAUGGGAGAGGAGGGCAACAACUUUGAAUUCAUUUUCCCUUCUCUGGUAUCUUGCUCCGCUCUUUUUCUGUUCUGCAAGCACAAGCAGUGGAGGUAUUCCCUGAGGAGCGCCUUGGAACAAAUAGUGUGAAUGUGUAAGGAGCCAGGAUAAGGUGCAGCAGAAUCGAAGGAAGCCGCUAACCAAAUGCAGACAUCCUUCAUCAGUAAAUCAGAGAGAGUUCCCUGGGGAAUGGAUUAAGCAAAUAAGGAAGCCUUCGUGUAGAUUUUUUUUCCUCGCCAAAGGUUUGAAGUAAAAGAAAAAAAAAAAAGCAAUCAUUUAGCUGCUAUUUACAAUCGUUUGGUAACCUCCCAUUUGACAAAAUAGGCAAUAUACUGCCUAAAAGCUGUAGGUGGAAAUCCUUUCAUAGCAAGCCAUUGUAGUUUUUCGUAAACCUAUCCACUAGAAUGCUAUGUGGAACCGAUGAAAUAAAUGGUCAUAUUUUUGUUAGCUACUAGAAUGAUGUUGAUAUUUUGCCUCUAAAGCAUGCUGUGUGGAGCCUGUCUGUGUAUUAAUACAGCGGAAUGCCUGGUAGAAGACUGAGACAUAGCCACACAAUGCCUGUGCCUGAAAAGCUGUAGAAACAUUACCCUGCUGUAACUGUUCAAAGAGGACUGUCAGGAGGAGUAAAUGUGGGCUGCUGGGCUCGAUUUGAGAGAGAAAAUGCAGACAAACAGAUGCCUGCUUCUCUCUCUGCAGGUGGAAAUAUGAGAAAGAUGGAGAGAAAUUGGUAGAGAGAGAUUUAAUCCUUGGGCAGAGUGGACUAUCUGAUACUUCCAUCAAAAUAAAAAAAAACAGCCUGUCUGUAAGUAGCACCUACCCAAACACCAGCACGUCCUCAGACAUGCGCACCCACACACUUACACGUGCUCAUGUGUGUCUUCAUGUUACACAGUAAACAGACACGCUAGCUUUCUGAAUGUGCUUUUCGCUCCCUCCAUCCUCCUCCGCACUACCAUGGAAACCGAAUCCGUCAUUCAAACAUCUUUAUUGUCUGCUGCUGGUUUGUGUGCAUGUCAGCCAGUGAUUUGAAGUUGUUUGGGGGGGGGGGGGGGGGGGGGGGGGGGGGGCAUGCAUCCAUAAGCUUUAAUCAGAGCCUCUUCUCACACUACUUCAACUAAUCCCUUUUAUUAGUCAGUGGCGUGAGGCAGCCUCCCUGUUAGGUGGUCAGAUGUUUUGGAAAAUGCUCCUAUUUGCAAUCCACUGCCAUAGUGUCUACGCCAACUACUUGCAAAGGGAUGAGCAAAUGUUUAAUGGUGCAGUGGUAAAGAGGCAAAAACAGAGCGGAGAGGGGAAGCUUCUUGAGUCAUGGUCGACUGAGUAGCUGUGUGGCAGGCAGCUAAAAAAGGUUUGAGUCAUUCUCCAUAUGUGACUUGUUUUCCAAUUGCGUCAGCAGUGUGCAUAUGCCACCAGUCUCCACCUGCACAAGGUGUCCGGGUCUUGAAUUUUAGCCACUUGAAAAUGCCAUCAUUCCUCUUUUUUCACUGUCGAUCAUUUUCUUCUUUCUUUCUUUUUUUUUUUUAACUCACUCCCACUGUCUUGUUUGUGUCACAUGUCACAUGGAUGCGACGGCUGAUGGGGUGACACUGAUGCAUUUUGAAAGCAUGGCAUGAAGCAUAAACAAAACUGCCUACUACUCAUAUGUCACUAGUACUGCUAAGCUUUCACUUAGGCAUGUUGCAGAGUGCGUCUACUCUUCUCUGAGGGACGGAUAUCAAGGGAAUAUUGUUUUCGUGCUUCAGACAGGCCUUGGCAGUGAUGUAUAGAAGUGCACGUUCUCUCCGUCUCUCUCAUAAACAUGCAGCUUCCUGGGGGAGAGCAGAUGGCUAGGCCCAGCUCGCCACCUGCAGGCUACUGCCGGGACACCACUGGUAUCUCUGCGGGCACUGUUGCCUGCCGUGGCAUCGCCCUAAGGCCAGGUUUCUACCCCACCCUGCCUAGCCAUCUUGCCCAGCACAGACUGUAGCCAGCAAAACUGGCCUCCUGACAAUAACUCACUGCCCAGGCACCAUAACCAAUGCAAUAAACAGAGUAAAGAAUGUGCCAUGUCAUCAACUAAUACUGACACGUUAUGUGUUUGGAGAAUGUGCCAAAUCGUCUCAUGAUGACACGUUUUAAUACUAUCUGGAGUUCUUUUGGUUUUAUUUUUUUAUUGCGUUGUUUGUACAUGAAUUAUACAUUCUCAGAUGUUUUAUGGAUUUGUGAUUUGUUCUGCCAGACUAAGUCUCAAGUCAACUAGAUGCUUGUGUACAGUCCAGUGCAGCUUUCGAGGGUUAUUUUAAAUCCUCUUUAUUCCUCAUUUCCCAAAGCACAGCAAGACUUCACUAGGCAUGAGUGUUUCUUUUGGAUAGAUUUGAGUGUGGUAUUUUCUGAAUUAUACAAUGUAUUUGUUUCAGAAAAGCUGGUUCACUGCAGGUCUGUGACAACCGUACACAAGUAUCUAGGGUUUUAAAGUGUUUAUUUGUACUGAGGGAUUGGUGUUCCCUCAGAUUGUUUCAAUAUAAAACACAAUACCAUGUUCAUACCAUAUCUUCUUUAUAAGAAGACGAGUCAAUGCACCUUUUCUUUUUUUGUUUGACAGCAGUUUAUUUUAAAUGGCUGAGCAGUCCAAGCUCGCUGGACCAGUACAAAUACAUAACACACGCGGCACUCUGGGAAAAAAAGGGAACAACUUCUUGUCUGAUAGGCUUCCGCAGUGACAUAGGAGCUAGAGAUUUCUCUUUUUCUGUGGCUGUGCAGCUUGAUCAUCAGCACGCAAUUUCAUUAGCUUAUAAACAGCCAGAGUGCAAAGUGACUAGGUCCUAAAAGUCUAAAAGAGUUUGAACUCUUCUGCAUAUACUGUACCAAGACAUUGAUUUAUCGUUUUGAUAACUGCAGCUUAUUUUUGUGGAUGCUAGCACUUCUUACUUUGCCAGAGCAUAUUUGUGAUGAUGAACAGUUCACAAGUUCUGAUACAGUUGUCUCAAUGUGCUUGUGCAAGUAGUUCUAUUUUUUACCAAUAAAACUAUUUUGUGAAAGCA